CUCCCUCUCUCCCCCCUCCUCCUCCUCAUGAACUCCCGUCCGCUUCUCCGCGCCGGGGUACAGUCUGCUGCUGGAGGAGCAAACCUGGCAACCUGGCAGCUUCGGACGGAGCCCGAUCGGCAAUCUGGCAAUGCGGAAAUAGACCUGGCACCCCCGGAUUGAGGAGAGAAGGCGUGACAGAGCGAGCUGGAGGAGUAGAGAGAGAGGAGAGAGAGAGAGAGAGCGGGGAUUGCGCUGACAAAGAUCAAAUAACACACACUUUCUACCCACGUUGCCGUUUCUCGAUUUUUUUUUUAAUUAAAGUGCUCAGGUGCGCGCUCGUCUGCACCAGCUCGCGCUUUUCCUCCAGCUUUUUUUGUGGUUUGUUUUCUCCACUCUGAGAAAGAAAGAGGGGGAAUAAAGAAGAGGAAAGAAGAAGUGCGUUUUUAAUCGCCUCUAUUCCGGACUUCUUUACUUUGCCUUCUUUUUUUUUUUUUUACCCUCUCCCCUUUCCCUUCCUCGUCAACCAUGGAUGUUUUGGCGAAUUACAGUAUUUUCCAGGAACUCCAACUCGUCCAUGACACUGGUUAUUUCUCGGCGAUGCCUUCCCUGGAGGAGAACUGGCAGCAGACAUGUCUAGAGUUGGAGAGGUAUCUACAGACGGAGCCCAAGAGACUCUCGGAGCUCUUUGACGAGGAGUUGGACUGUCUCCUAACACCGGCCUUCAUGCAAGGCGGCGACAGCGACGAAGACCUGAUGGACCCGCUCCUGCCCAGCCUCCCUGACCAGCCGAGCCCCCCGCCGUUACUCGUAACCCUCCCCAAGGUGCAGGCCAAAAUCCUUCAGGUGCCCAGUCCAACCAAGGGUCAGGCGGCAGCCGGAACCGACACCAAGGACCAAGCCGUCGGAGGAGUCAGCGCCGCACAGCUCAGUGCCGCCGUCACGUCCCUGACGCCGCCGUCGUCGCCGGAGCUCGGCCGGCACCUCUUUAAGCCCACACAGACGCUCACCGCCACGGCAGACGGCACGUUAACGCUUAAGCUGGUGGCGAAGAAGGUGGGACUAGGGGCGACCAAGGUGGUGGCGGCGCGUGCGUUGCCUUCCCCGCCGAGCCGAGGAGGAGCGCUGAGCGACGGCGAGCAGGGAGGCGGAGGAAGUCUGGGAGGAGAUAUUCCUGAGAACAAGAAGAGAGUCCACCGGUGCCAGUUUAAUGGCUGCAGGAAGGUUUACACCAAGAGCUCCCAUCUGAAGGCACAUCAGAGGACCCACACAGGUGAGAAGCCCUAUAAGUGCUCAUGGGAGGGCUGCGAGUGGCGCUUUGCCCGCAGCGACGAGCUGACGCGACACUACCGCAAACACACCGGAGCGAAGCCAUUCAAGUGCAACCACUGCGACAGGUAAACACUCACUUCCUUUCAUUCGCACAGAUUACUACCAAGCACACAGCACCGUUUGCAUUUGUACAACGUCUUAAGGUAACAAGGAUCAAUGUUUAUCCUGCGACUGG